AUGUCUGGACGGGGCAAGAAGCCUGCAAAGCCUGCUUCUACUCUUCACAAAAACAAGAGUGUCAAAGCUGGCCUGGUGUUCCCAGUGGGACGGGUCAGACGCUACUUGAAGGAGGGUCGCUAUGCUGACCGAGUAAGCCCUGGAGCCGCAGUGUUUCUUGCAGCUGCGUUGGAAUACCUGGUUUUCGAGGUAGUGACUAUGUCAGUCACUGCUGCUUCUGCAAACAAAAAGCAUCGGAUUUCGCCACGACACAUCCAGUUGGCAGUGAAGAAUGAUGAAGAACUAGACCAGUUGUUUAACGGUGUGACCAUUGCUGAAGGAGGAGUUCCUCCGCAUAUCCAUGCCUCGCUUCUCCCUAAGAAGACUAUGAGGGAGAAAGGGGUUGCCGAAGAUACUCGGUCUCAGGAAUUCUAA